CACUUUUAUCUUCUUCUUUUUUCUCCUUUGUCCCUUAUGUCCGAUACUUCAAUUGAAAAGAUUGACGUUAGCCAUCAAGAAUCUGUUGCUAUCGAUAUGAUGGAUGCUCAAACUCCAUUAGCACAGAAGAAAUCUUUGUUUGCUCCUCCCCCCACUUCAGAACUUGCAGAGUUUCAAAAGACAUUGAUUGGUCCUGCUAUUGGCUUUGCUGCUUUUGCUCUUUGCUCUUUUGUUCUGGGUCUUUAUAACACAGGAUUGAUUACAGACAUUCCUCAUGUGGCCAUCGGUAUUGCUUUUGGUUAUGGAUCUAUUGGUCAGUUCAUUGCUGGUAUCAUUGAAGUUGUCCAUAAGAAUGUCUUUGCUGCUACUUCCUUUAUUACAUUUGCUAGUUUCUUCCUUGCCUUUGGUAUCAUGAUGGUUCCCGGCUCAGGGUUCUUAAGCAUGGCUACAGCUGCUGGUCAACUCGAGAAAUGUUUGGGUCUAGUGGAAAUAGCAUACGCUAUUGCUGCCUUUAUCUUCUUCUUGGGCACCUUCCGUCAACCUAUCUUGGUUCGUUUGGUCUUGGGUUUUGCUUUCCUUUCUUUUCUAUUCCCUGCCAUUGGUGCCUUUAGUGGCAUCAUCGCAUUCACAAAAAUUGGUGGUUGGUGUUCGUUUGCUUUAGGACUUGUCGCUUGGUACACACUAAUGGCACUCAUUUAUAACGAAACCAACACUUUUAUCCGUGUACCUUUCUUUUAAAAAAUUAAUAUACCUCUUUACCUUAUUGAUAUAUCCCUCCCUUCAGCUUCAUUCCAGCAUCAUUUUCAUUUUAUUUUGUACGAAUUUGACAAUAAUGACUAA